AUGGGGCAGCUAAGUUGUAAAACCUGUGACUGUAAGAAUAAGGAGCAACUAACAGAAAUCAAAUUCACAGAACCUGAUAACACUAUUAUGGAUGACACCUCAAAAAUUGAAGAGAUGCAUGAAGUUCCGGAAACCAACCUUGCCAUGUUGUCAUAUAUCAUACGAAUUCAAGCGAAUUGGAAAGCUUUUCAGGAACGAAAAAUGUGCCGAGUUCUAAGCAAACUUAUCCCAAAAUUUACUUUUUAUUUAAACAGAGAAGAAAUGAGAGAGACUUUGAGUUCUACUCACCCUCCUCCACCGCACCGAGAAAAUAAACUUACAUAUCGAUAUAAAGAUGGUUCUAAUUACAUAUAAAAGAUUAAAUAAUUUAUUUUCAUCCUUGGAGCGACACAAUUUUUGAGCAUUAUAAAAGCUUUUAAUUCUGCAUGGCUAAUGGAAAAAAUCUAAAAUAGUAUAGGAGAUUGAAGAGGUGGGUUUAGAGAUGGUUAUGGUACGAUGACAUGAAUUUCUGGGGCUCAAUACUCAGGCAAUUGAUCCUGGGGAGUUCCAUAUGGGUAUGGAAAAUUUACCUUUCCUGAUGGAGAUCACUUUGAAGGAUUUUGGAAAGAUUUCAAAGCCUCCUCAAGAGAAAAGGUAAAUAGUGAGUCAAAACGUUCAGAUGGCUACUUUUGGCUCCAUCAAAAGCAGCAAUUUCUAAUAAAAGAAGCUCAGCUAGACCCUUUAUCUCCUUCAAACCUUGAAAAACUAACAAAAAUUUAUCAAAAAUUGCAAUUUAUUAAUGCUCAAAUUUCUGACUCAAUUAAAAUCUCAACAAACGCAGGAGUUCCUUCACAUAAAGUCUCUAUAGGAAUAAGAACUUUUAGACAAAAAAUAUAUCAAGACGGGAGCUUAUAUAUAGGAGAAUGAAAAGGAAAUCGACGAUGUGGACGAGGUAAAUUUGUGAGUAGAAUAGGAGAGAGCUAUGAAGGCGAAUGAAAAAAUGAUAUGGAGCAUGGCUCUGGGAAAAAGUCAUAUAGCAAUGGAAGUACUUAUAUAGGCAAUUUUGUUAUGGGGGAGAGGGAAGGGCAUGGAGAAAUGAGAUGGGAAGAAGGAAAUGUGUAUAGAGGAGAAUGAAGAAAAAAUGAAAUUGAGGGAAUAGGAGAAUGCUGCUGAAUUGAUGGAAGAAAAUAUACUGGAGAAUGAAAAGAAGGAAAAAGUGAAGGAUUUGGAGUCGAGAUUCUAAGCAGUGGAGAAAAAUAUGAAGGGGAGUGAAGCAAUGGGAAAAGAGAAGGAAAAGGAAUAUUAGAAUGGAGUGGGAUUUUAACGGAAGGAGUUUGGAAGGAUGGAAAUUUUUUAAAAUAA